AAGGAAGAAUGAAACUUCAUUAGUCAUAUGUCAUAUUUGUUAUAACUCAAAAUAAAACUCAAUUUCCAGUAUUCAAUAUUCAUUUUCAUAAAGUAUAAGGUGUUCUAUGUUCAUUAUUUCCGAAGUUUAGUCACAAAGUGGAUUUAGUUUUGAAAUCAAAAUCAGAGUUGUGAUAAUCGUUUGAAAAAUGACAACUGCUGCUCGUCCUACAUUCGAUCCAGCUCGAGGUGGCCAGGGAAAAAAUGAAAAAGAUUUGAGUGCCAUUUCCAGACAAUAUUCCAGCAGAGAUUUGCCAGGACACACUAAAUUGAAAUACAGAGAGCAUGGUCAAGGAACUAUUGAUGAGACUAGGGCUCGUGAUUUCCGUAAAGAAUUAGAAGAAAGGGAACGAGAGAAAAGGCCUGGCGUAAGAGCUGACCAUGCCAAAAGGCUGAAGUUAGACCAAGUACCUGCAGCAAGUCUAGAUGCUGAUGACCCUUUAGACGAAGACUCUGAUUCUAGUGAUGACGACGAUGAUACUGAAGCUCUACUGGCAGAAUUGAAGAAAAUAAAAAAAGAAAGAGCAAUUGAACAAACCAAUAAGGAAAUAGAAAGGCGCCAAGAGGAAGAGAGAAUCAGAAUGGAGAAUAUUCUAAGUGGAAAUCCGUUGUUAACACACUAUUCCUCCGGUUCAACCAAAGUGGAUCAAAAAGUAAAGAGGAGGUGGGACGAUGAUGUUGUGUUCAAGAACUGUGCUAAGUCUGAACCAGAAAAAAAUAAUAGUAUGUUCAUCAAUGACUCAUUACGCUCCGAGUUCCAUAAAAAGUUCAUGGAGAAAUAUGUGAAAUGAAAUUAUCUUGUUACAUUUUUUUAGCUAUACCAUUAUAUUAUGUAAAUUUAUUAUUUUGUGAAGUAAAUUUUGUCAUAUCGUCAAUAUGGCACAGAUUUUUCUUACAUUUGCAAAAUGAAAUAUUUCAUUAAAUAGUUGUUUUCAAA